AUGGAAGAUAUAUGCCUUACGCCCAACGGGAAGCUGGUGCGGGCCAGCGUAUGCCCCGAGACGCCCAACAAGAAGCGUAAGCGGCUGCCGGACCCGUGCCCGGGCGCUCACGACCACAUCACCCCUUCCAAGAGCCAGCGCCAGCGCGGCAGGCUCACGUUCCAGCCGCUGUCCCCCGAGUACGAGGACGAGGACGAGGAGGAGCGCCACUUGCAAGAGGAACAGUUCCAACUUCGCAUGCGCAGGCUGCGGUGCAACGGCAGCAUCAGCCCUCUCAGCGAGCCUGAGCUCGAUCAGGAGCUGGAGCUGGAGCUGGAUCUUGGACUGCAAGGUCAAGGUUCAGUACCGCUGCAUAAAGCACACACACAGGAGAUAAACGCAAAGGUCCAGCAGGGCCUCACCCUACCGAUGCACAAGAAGGCAACAGUACCACAAAAGCAAGUGCAAGUAAAAGUGCAGCAACAAAUACAGAUACACGGGAAGAAACACACGCCACGCCACAAGGUCAUGAAACCCACGCGGUCUAUCCUCAGGAUAGCGCACGGGAGUCUGAACUACGUGGUGAGCUCAAGCCGGGGCUCUGUCGCGGACGCUACCAUAUACGCGACAGAGAUCAACGCGACGACAACCACAGAGAAGAUGCCCAUGGUCACGCAGCCCUGGGAAAAGCUUACCAUCCCCGUGAACACCGCCAUCAAGGACAAGUACAGACGCAUGAAGGCAGAGUACUUCCACGAGGAGACGCUGGACGCCCAGCUUCUCGAAGUCCCAGACGCCGCCAUCAUCCGCGGCCUGGCCUUCUCCCCGAGCACGAGCUCAGACUGA